CCUCCCGGCGUGUCUGAAUCUCCGGCUGCAUGAACGAGCCUCGAUUCACUACAAGCCUGAACUUCUACGACGCGCCUCUGCCAUACCUCCACUGCUGCGCGGCGCAGGAUGUAAUCAAUCCCACAUGUUUCAUCUGCGCGACUCGGGGAUUUGCACUUUGAAUAUUUUUGUACUAUUUUUCUUUUCUUGCCACGCAAAUGGAUGUAAUUUACCAGACAUGACGGGGACUCGGUUUCCAGCCUGCAAAGCCGAACGCACGCUCGACGCGAGGGGAGCCCGAAGUUCAUAAAAGGGAUUAUUUGCAUCUGGGUGCCUGAGACCUUCGGUGCCUGCCGGAUUUUACUUUGGGAUUUUGGGAUUUAUCGCCUUCUCGACGGGAUGGAGAGCCGAGACUUCGCUCCUCCGCACCACCUCCUGACGGAGCGGGGCGCGCUGGUUCACGGCGCCGCGGCUCGGCUGGCGCCGGGCGGCCACGGCUCCGUGCAGCACCCCGCUCACUACCAGCCGGGGAAGUACUACCCGUCGCACCUCUCCAUGGGUGCGCACUCAGGUGCUUCCUUCAUGGGCUCCUUCCUGGCCAGCAGCCUGGGGUCGCCGGCCUCCCACCCGCCUCACCCCUCGGGACCCGCCGCAUCCCCCUCCUCCCCCUCCUACCGGCACGGGCCUCAUUCCAGCGCCUCGCCUAUCUGGUUCCCCCAUUCGCAUGAAGGGUACCCCAGCUAUUCAGGAAGUCUCGCUUCUCCUUUUCUCCCCAUGAGUCCCCUGGAUCACCAUAGCAACAGUCUCUAUGGACAGCACCGCUUCUAUGAAACUCAAAAAGAUCACUUCUACCUGAGAGGCCUUCCUCCCCAGCCCCCUCUGCUCUCCACCGCCCACGGCCUCCCCCCGCUGUCCAGGGCCGCCCCGGGCCACUCGCUCGGCUCGUGCGGGCGGGAGGCGGACGGCGCGGGAGGCGGCGGGAAGGGCGCCAAAGACGCGGGCGAGAAAGCGCCGGGCAGCGUCGCUGUCAAGCGGCGAGGAGCGGCCAGCAGCAAGAGGCAAGAGAAGCAGCAGCUUCAUCAGCACCUCAUCAGACGAACCCGGCGGCACGCUUCAAGCGGCGGCCACCACCACCACCACCAGCACCACCACGCUUACCCCCACCCUCACCACGCCCUCCUCGCCCACCUCCCGCCGCAGGGCCGCGAGGAGGACCACAGACACUCCCUGGAGCGGCACAAGGAGCUCCGGGGCGCCGACUCUGCCGGUCAGGAGCCGAAACACACGAGUGCCUGUCAGCUGUCCGGCAGCUCGGGGGCAGAGUCCGGCGCCGCGGGCAAAGGCGGAGCGCUGAGCAGCUGCAACGGAGGCGGGGUGGGCAGAACGCCGUCGGGCGGGGGCAGGCGGUGCUCCAAGGACGGACUCGUAAACGGCGAGAUGAGAAUCAGUGAGUCCUCUGCUUCUUCCAGUGAAUGCACGAGAAGAGGUGCGGCCAUCUUGGCGCCGCCCGGCCCCCACUCCGUGGCCUCCUACUCCAUGCCCCCGCCUCCGCCACCUCCCCCGCACGCUUUGCAAAUGGGCUCCGCGGUGGCGGGAGGGUGGCUGCACCACGCGCAUCACCGUCCUCACCCCGAGUUCUACUGUCCCCCGGCCCCUCUCACGCUGACCCCCUCCAAAGAGCCAGCGGCCGCGCCCGGAGGGUCCGGCAGGGAGGCCAGACUCACCCACGUGCCCUCGGUCGGGGCGCUAGGAGACCCGGCCGCCGCCGACUGUCGAGCAGCAGCAGCAGGAGGUAGAAAGUCCGACGAUAGAAGCGGAGAAGGAUCGUAUGAAUGCCCCACUCAUCACCUCAGCCGGAUUAGUGUUUGCCAAAAGAAGGAGAAGUCGCAGCAGCUGGGAUACGGCAAAGCUGACAAGCCGCCCGACUGGAGCCACCCGACGCAGAACCUCCACAAGCCCGGGUCCAACGCGAGCCCCCCGUCUGAUCCGCGCUCCUGCGGCCUGGACAAGUCGUCGUCCCUCAGAGACGUGGAGGUGGUGGACGACGUUCACCGGCCUUCGCUGCCGCUGGAGGCCCGCGGGACGCAGCCCGGCGCCGGGCAGGCCGCGGCCAGGGACAACGCGGACCCCAGCACUCCCCCCUUCAGGGACUGCUCCCGCUCGGCUCCUCGCCCCGAUGGGAGGGGGGGGCCGGGGAUAACAUCGCAGAGGGAGGGGCAGAAGGUGGCCAGGAUACGGCACCAGCAGCACAGCAGCCACGGAGCAAACACGGACGAGAGGGGAAGAGACCGAGGUCAGACAGCGCCUUCCUGGGGGGGCCGGGGGGGCCACCAGGAGGACUCGCGAAAAAGCUCUCAGCAUGCACCAGUUGGUAGCGGCGAAGUGAGAGGGCUCAGCGCCAGAGCUCCAAACAGUGACCACAACCAGCCCCACCCUCACCCUCCGUCUCACCCCUCGUCGCACACCGCCGAGGGCGAGGGCAGUGCCAUGAAGAGUCUAAUGAACUACAGCUCCCAGCAGCCUCUGCUGCUGCCGCAGCGGGGCCCCUUUGGCGGUCUGGGCGGCCUCAAGCAGGGUGGGGAGCGACCAGAGAAAGGGGAGCGCGGAGGCGCCAGAAGCAACGCUGCCCUGCAAGAGCCUCCCAAACAAUCGCUGCUCCCUCGCCGCGGCUCCGCUAACGAGGGGGACAGGGGGGACAAAGGCGGCAAGGAGGCCGGGGAGGCGGGUGAGGGGGAGGUGCGACAGCCUCCGGUGGGUAUUGCGGUUGCGGUGGCCAGGCCCCCCCAUCGUUCCCCAGACAACACCCCCGGACACAGCAGACAGGGCAGGGUGCUGCCCAGCAUGAAAGGAGCGUCGCGCCACGUGUUUUCUCUGGGCCGGGAGGCCGAGGAGAGGAAGAGGAUGACGGAGGAACAGAUCGGCCUCCAUCACCUGGACAGAGAGCGAGAGAUGAUCAUCAGGGAAAACAAGGACCGCGUGGAGUUCGCCAGGAUCCACCCGUCUAGCAGUUGCCACGGUGACCUGACCUCUCACCUCUUGGUCCCCGGGGGGGCCAGUAGGCUAGGGGUGGACCCGUCCGCACAUGCUCACCCGGCCCACCACCACUGGAUGCAAAGGACAGGAAGUCCCUCCCUCUGGAUGGGGCAUUCGUACGGUCUGGGCCACGUGGGAAUGAGCCCCGGCUUCCCACCCGGUCUGCCCGGCCCCCUGCAGCCCUGCUUGGGGUCGCUCACCCAAGACCCCAACUCCCCUCUGGUGGUUCUUCCUACAGAAGCCGGGCCUCACCACCACCUCGAUGUUCUGGAGCAGUCGGGUCUGUGGCCCCCUGUAUACGGCGGCAGAGGCCCCCCAUCUCAUCUGCAGCAUCACUCCGUCUACUCCCGCUCCUCAUUCCUCCGGCAGCAGGAGCUGUACGCCCUGCAGCAUCAGCAGCAUCAGCAGCAUCAGCAUCAGCAGCAGCAGCGAGCAAUGGAGCACAUGCAGCGGCACUCCUUAGCACAGAGGAAACACGACGAGCACGCCAUCACCGUAGAGGACGCUUCUCACGAGUCCUCCGCAUCCGGAACUCCUCCCUCCUCGUCCUCCUCCUCUCACAUGGCCACGCCUUUCUCCCACGCCCUGCCCUCGCCCAAGACGCCCGCGCCGUCUCCGGGGACGUGUCCGAGCAGCCGCCACUCGCCCUGCUACCGCUCCCCGUCCAGGCGAGCCCACCCGCCGAACCCCCUGACCCCGGCGCCCAGCCCGGCGGCGGCCGCGCCCCGCUCCCCGGCGCUCAGCCCGGCUCCCUCGCACCUCGCCAAGGGGCUGGAGAGGAGCAACGAAAGAGGAGAGGGACAACCGCUCCAGGACUACCCGCAAUCCCUCGAGCCAGACCUUCCACCGGUCUACACGUACCCUUCCAUCACCCCUGGUUUCAAGGCCGGCGCGUCGCCCCCGGAGGCCCGUUUGGCUGAACAUGCCACGGUGGAGGCGGAGCCAGCAGAGCCCCAGUGCAAGACACUCCCACCUCCCCGCCUCGCCAGAGAAGAAGAGGAGACGGGGGAAGAAGAGGACGGGAGACUCGUGGAAGCCCAGAUCGGCGCCGCAGAGGAAGGGAAGGUGGAGAAGUGCGCGGGAGGGAAGGGACGCUCCGAGCGCCGGGGCCAGAUUUCUGGAUUGCCGUCAUGUCCUCCCCCAGCGCCGGCGCCGGAUCCGGCGGGCCGAGCCCUAAAAGUAGAGCUCUCUCUGGGCUGCCCGGGCCAGAAGGUCAACCUGGUGGAGCCCCAACUACCCAAAGAACAGGUGGCUGUCGAGGAGCACGGAGAAGAGGAUGUAGAGGCGGACGUGGGAGAGACAAUUGGGCCUGAACCAACAGAAUGUGCUGUCUCUGUGUGUGAGGAGGAGGAGGAGGAGGACGGGGACAACAAUGAAGGGAAUGUAGAGGUGGUUGAGGACGAGGAGGACGAGAAAGCGAGUGGGAUGAGACCAGGCGAAGACCUGGUGGGACUGAGCUGCAGGUCCCCCGCUCCCUCCUCGUCCCCCGACCCCGUCCAACCUCCCGCGGCGGUGCAGCUCCAAGGGGCCUACACGUGGAGCCUGGAGCUCCUCAUCGCCGCGGCUCUGUGCGCCACCAGAGAUGCCUUGAACCCGCCAACGCCCGCCGUCCGGGCCCCGAGCCCCCCACCACACCACGGGAUGGAGAUACUGGGAGAACUGGCCGAGCUGGAGAUCCAGCAGCGGAGCAGGGGGAAGGGCGAGGGUGAGGACGUGCUGACCUUCGACCUCCACAGCCUGGCGGCGCUGGCGGCCGCCCGUGCCCUGGAGGUGGGGGGAGGGGUCGUCGAGGUGGGGGCGGAGCUGCAGUGUCCAAUCAGGAAGAGGCUCAACCUGCGCAGGAAGUGCAGCUGGACUCCUCGCCACGAGCCGGUGUGCCCGGUGAAGGGCUCCAUGGAGACGAUGGGAGGGGAGGAGCUGUCCAUGCGCGUCCAGCUGGCUGAGCUUCAGCGCCGAUACAAAGAGAAACAGAGAGAACUGGCCAAGCUACAGAGGAAACACGACCACCAGAAAGAGGAGACGUCUCGAAGCCCCGCCCGCCGGCGGCCCGGCCGCCCCCGCAAGCGCAGGUCCGCCCCCGGCCCAGCUGCUGCUGCAGAGAGCGCCAAAAGAUUCAGAGCCGGACUGAAUCUACUGGAGGAAAAAGGCCGAAAGAAAUUAUCCGAUCACGGCUUCAACGGCCUCAGCAGCGUCCAGAUGAAAGCUCGCUGUCAGCACCGCGGCCGGCCCGGCGCCCUGAGCUCCAGGCUCGCCCGGCGGGUCACCCAGCUGAAGCAGAAGGCCGGGGCCCAUCGGGGCGCAGCGUCGGUGGGUAUGCUGCACCGCAGGGGGGCCGCUGGCGAGCAAGGAGCCGCCGACAGUCUCUGCGGGCCGGGACGAAAAGGCCUCCAGCUGGACUGGCCGACCGGUCAGACUGUAAAGGGGGGUCAAAGGCCCAAAGCGCCGACGGGCGUCGACGCGGCCCGAGCCCACCGCCAUCGCGGCCGGGCCGCCGAGAAACGGAGCGUCGGGGGGAGCGAGGAGCGACAAGACGAAGAGGAGGAGGAGGAGGAGGGGGACGAAGGCGGCUACGCCAGCGCAGACGGCGCCGGUGACGUCAGGAUCAGCUCGUCCUGCAGAGAAGCUCCUGCGAACCCUGAUGGGAUUGUGCCUUUUUCAUCGCAGUCGUCCGCGCUGCACUUGAACCAGAAAGCCAGGAGCGCGAGGCGAGCGCUGCGGAGGCCGAGCCUCGCCGCCGCAGAGAGGGGCCCCCCGCUCCACCUGGGGACCCGGAGGGCGCCUCUCCCCAGCUGGGGCGCGGCGUCCCCGGGCCGCGGCUUGGGGGGCGGACGCGGGAACCACGGAGCUACGAGAGGAGCGGACCGGGCCGGCGAGGAAGCCGCGAGGAAGAGCUCACCCGGACAGGGCGGCUUGAGAAAGGCCAAGGGCCACGCAGUGAGCCGGCUCCUGCAGAGCUUUGCAGCCGACGACGGCUUUCAGUUGGACGAGGAAAGUAGCUUUUCUGAGGGCGAAGACGAGGAAGAGGAGGAGGAGGAGGAGGACCUGGAGCUGGAAGCGGGAGAGGAGGAGGAGGAGGAGGAGGAGGAGGAGGAGAUGAAGUUGACCCACCUUCCUCCCAACAUGCCAUGCAGAGUUCCUGCGCUGCCCAACUGCGUGCUGAGCAAAGAGAUGCUGGUGGACGGCCUGAAGAUCCUGAUCUCCAAGGAGGACGAGCUGCUGUACGCCGCCUGCGUCCAAACUCUGGACCUGCCCGACAUAUUCAGCGUCGUCGUCGAAGGAGAGCGAGGGAAUCGCCCUCGGAUCUACUCGCUGGAGCAGCUCCUGCAGGAAGCCGUGUUGGACGUGCGGCCGCAGAGCAAAGCCAUCCUGACCGCCGGGACGCGAGUGUGUGCGUAUUGGAGCGAGCGCUCUCGCUGUCUUUACCCCGGAUACGUCCAUCGAGGAGGUCCAGGUGAGGAGGAGAAGGAGGCCAGUGUGAUGGUGGAGUUCGAUGAUGGAGAUCGGGGUCGGAUCUCUCUGGCGAACAUCCGGCUCCUGCCACCAGGAUACCAGAUCUGCUGCGCGGAACCGUCUCCGGCUCUGCUGGUCUCACCUGGGCACCGCGGGAGACGAGGCUCCGCCCAGGAGAGGAAAGACACGCCGGCAGAGAAAGCGACCAAUGAGGAGUCAGCAGGGAGACGCCAAGAGAAAAGACCAGUCGGCAGGCCGAAGAAAGUCCUCUCGGUGCCUGAGACGUCCAGCGCGCCGACAUCGGCGGCCGAGCCUUCAAUCAAAGGCAACGCCUCCUUGUUGAGCUGGUCGGCUCCCCGGAAGAGGCCGCCGGUGGACUUCUUCCUCUUCAACGGGACGUCCCGUAAGACCCAGCGGAGGGUACGGGAGCGAGACUCGGGGCUGUUCCAUCGACCCGCCUCCCACCUGCUGGCGCCGCCGAUGCCCAUCAAAGGCAUCUUCGGCUCCCCCUUCGAAGGCGACUCGUUCAGCAGCAUCGCCAACAGCUACUCGACCUUCAGGAGCUCUGGAGCGGGGCGGCCGGUCGCCGCGGGAAGCCGCGACUCGUCGUCCUCCGCUGGCUCCUCGGUCGUCGCCAUGGCGACGGUUCCCGCAGGCAAGAAGCCAGCGGGCGACUGCGACAGGAAACAGUUCCUGGUGAAGCUUGACCACGAAGGAGUCACCUCCCCUAAAACGAAGAACGCCAAGGCCCUGCUGCGACUCGGCGGAGGCGGGGUUAAAGGAGACAAGAGCGUCGCCCCCGCCGCGGCGCCGCUGCGGUACGUCCACCCCGCGCUGGCGGGAAAGGACGGCGCGGGGGCCCGUUCCGAGCCCACUGUGAAGGCCACCCCACCCCACAGGAAAGAUCGGCUGUCAGCCGGUCUCGGAGCCAAAGGCGGGGAUUUCACUGCCGACUUCCUGAGUGACGGCGCCAGUUCUUACUCUGAGCUGGACGAGGAAGACGAGGAUGACGCUCAGGACGCCGAGGCACCUCGAGGUGCCGGCGCCGCCGCGUCCCACCGCGGCGGCCGCUUUCUCUCCCGUCUUUCUGCCUGCUUCUCCUCAUCGUCGUCGUCGUCCUCCUCCUCCGGCUCCAUCUCCUCCUCCUCCUCCCUCUGCUCGUCGGACAACGACUCCUCCUACUCCUCCGACGAAGAGACCUCCUCGGUGCUGCUGCGCCGCGCUCUGCUCCAGCAGGACAAGCACAAGCACCGGCAGAACAUGACCUCCGACCCCGCCAACUCCGGCUCCUCCCCGUCGGCUUCGGCCCCGCCGCACGGCUACGCGGCCAAAGCCGGCGCGGCCGUCCCGGGGUCGAAGGUGAGAGCCGAGAGAGCGGACGGCAGGAAGGAGUUUGCGUCCAAAGGAAGCGUGGCGGGCGGCAGCAGCGCGGCGAGGAACCAGCUGAAGAGGAAGGAGGGGAUUUCCAGCAGCCACCAUCAGAGGCAGAUCAGCCACGUCAGCCGGCAGACCAAACCUGCCUCCAAGGACCCGGCAGCGGCUAAGAGGCAGCGGAUGUCCUCCCCCGAGCCCCUGCCUCACAUGGCCCCUCCUCUGCCCGGGCGCCAGCUCUGGAAGUGGUCCGGCAACCCCACGCAGAGGAGAGGUCUGAAGGGUAAAGCCCGCAAGCUUUUCUACAAGGCCAUCGUGAGGGGCAAGGAGACGGUGCGUGUCGGGGACUGCGCCGUGUUCCUGUCACCUGGCCGGCCCCAGCUACCCUACGUGGGCCGGGUGGAGAGCCUCUGGGAGUCCUGGAGCUCCAGCAUGGUGGUCAGGGUCAAAUGGUUUUACCACCCGGAGGAGACCCGCCUGGGGAAGCGACACCGCGACGGCAAGAACGCCUUGUAUCAGUCGAGCCACGAGGACGAGAACGACGUGCAGACCAUCUCCCACCGCUGCCAGGUGGUGAGCAGAGGCGAGUACGACCACCUGACGCGCGACCGGAAGCCCGGCGGCGCGGCCGACGACCUCUUCUACCUGGCGGGGACCUACGAGCCGACCACGGGCCAUCUGAUCGGUGCGGACGGCACGGCCAUCGUGUCCUAGCAGCCAAGAGAGAGAUCCAAAUAUCGUACACCUGAACUCUGGAGGUGACUUCUUCCAGGACGGUCCUACGGAGAGGGAGCCGGGGGGACGGAGCGGAUUGAUCCGCCCCGUGUAGGAGAAGGAGCUGGCCCGCUGGACCGUACUGGCACUCGCAGGAGCCUGGUUUCUUCUGGGGAACGAGAGCGCAGAGCCCCCCCCCCCUCUGGCUGGAAUAAUACUGUUCCUCGUCGCUGUGACGAGACGUGCAGGGGCCGAGGAGGUCCGCGCUUUGAGGUCCAGUCGCUCGGAUGUGCUGUGCAGGCGGGGGGGGGCCAGAGUAAGCAGAGACUGGGUGUAAACCACACUGGUUUCGGAGGGUUUUCGUGGUCUUACUGGUAGUUUGACUAUGACGAAGUGAUUGGAAGAUCCCCAACAGGACCAAAAAAACAAAAACACUGUAGUUCGGACUGUGUGUGUGUGUGUGUGUGUGUGUGUGUGUGUGUUUGCAGAGUGGCUGCGAUGACCCUGUUUGGCAUUUAAUGAGCUCUGAGUAAAUAGUGCUUUAACGUGCAUGUGUGUUUGUACCGCGUGCGUGUCCGUGCGCGCGCUCGCCCGCGCUCAUCGGGCGGGGAGGACGCCGCGGCGCGCCGCCGGAUAGUCGCGGACGCUCUGAAUACGAACUCGACGUGCAGCGACUGGCACACAACACGACUUCUUCUCCCGUCAAGCCAUACACGUCAAUACCUCUCGUGCCCUCGUGUUCGGGCACCAAGACACAUGUACAGGUAGUAAAUGUGAGUGUGUGUGCGCUUUGUACAGCAUCAUGUGUAAUAUAACAUGUUGUAAAUACUAUACAUAUAUAUUUGUUCUUUUUUUGUUGCUUUAUUUUGCAGAGAAGAUUAUUUUAUUUAGAUUUUUUAGGGGGGGGUUCGGGUGGGGGUCUGACGGAGGGAGACGGCCUCUCUCUUAAUGCACUGAACGGGAGUGUUCGGAUUUUGGGGUCAAACUGUACAGCUGAUGUGUGACAUUGUGCUUGUGAGGCGAAGGGUGUGUGUGUAGAAAGGGUGGUGGGGAAAUGUUUUAUAAGGAAAUCAGAAAAAGGCUCUUUUUAAACGUGUCCAGAUGUUUUUAUUUUUAUUUAGUUUCACUCCAUUAAGGUUCAAAUUUGUAUUUCCUGAUAGGAGCUUCUUUUUUUUUAUACAAAUACUGGAAAAGAAACUGAGUUUCUGCUGUUGUCUGACCCCAAAAGAAUCUGGUUCUUUAUCUGUUUGGCCUGUAUACCUAUAUGAAAUGUAGAUAUUUAUCUGGCAUCAAAAAGAAACAUACCAAAGCACCUGUGAGUUCACUCUUCACCACAUUAGAAGAAAGAAUAUUAUGAAAACGACAUAAAAACGUUUAAUCAAAUCUGAAUCCGGGACCCUGCAAUCACUGACGUAAAGAGUUCUUCUCGUUGUCUGCUCGUGUUCGUCCGGCGUUGCUAUGACAACCUGCAAGAAACGUUGCAGCAACAAUGUCUCCACGCUGCUCAGCUGAUGCACUUGAGGUAACCGUGGCAACCAGAGUGGCAUCAUGUGACUGUGAAGGACAAUCAAAGCCAAUCAAUUGGACGAUGUGGAGGGACACAAAAACAAAAACAAGUCGAGGAUCAAAUCACAAAUUAUGCUUCUUGUCACUUUUAUUCCUGCUUUGCCAAAAAUGUAUGUUUUUAUGUUUGCUUGUUUUCCUUGUUUACCAUUGUCUAACUUUUUAUGCAAGCCUCUGAUGACUGUUGUCAGUGUACAGGAUGUACAGGGAGAAAGGACACUGACUUUUAACCACAACUUUGCUGUUACACUGCUAAGCAAAAGCUUUAAAAGGAAACUAAUGUGAACUCAAUUUCAAAAUAUUAGUUUUAUGGGUCUUUAAUUGCUUGUUUUUCUUCAAGAAACACUGGAUUCCGUUCUAACCAUCAUGUUUUGACAGAGGCGACAUCAUUGUUUUUUGUUUCAGACCCACUGGAAAACUGCUUUGUAUUGUUGAGAGAGCCUACUAAAAUAUAUUAUGUAAUUUCAGUCAUUCUUUGGAAAUAUGACUUAAAUAUUUCCUCAUGUACAAAAGGAAAGAUUAUUUAUCUUAAUUUUAUUGCCUUUUUGUGUUACAUUAAAAAACAAAAGAUUCUUAAAAAA